CUAGUGACGGCCAAGGAGUAGAAGUCCGUAAAGUCUGUGGCAAGAGCUUCUGAAGCCUAUAUAACGAUGUCAGACGUCCAGACACCGGCGAUAGGCAUCGACCUGGGCACCACCAACUCGUGCGUGGCUGUUGUUCUCAAUGGGCGUGUUGAGGUCAUCGCAAACGAAAUGGGAAAACGGAUCACCCCAUCGUGCGUCGCAUUCACAGAAGAAGAGCGCCUCAUCGGUCAUGCUGCAAAAUACCAGGCAAUUUUCAAUUCCAAAAACACAAUAUUUGAUGCUAAACGACUCAUGGGCAUGAAAUAUCAUGACGAAAAUAUUCAGAAUCGUAUUCGACUUUGGCCGUUCAAUGUUGUCGAAUCUUCUGGACAUCCGAGAUUUCGCGUUCAAUACAAGAAUGAAAUGAAAGAUUUUUCCCCAGAAGAGAUCUCAGCAAUGAUUCUGCAAAAAAUGAAAGCCAUUGCCGAAACAUACAUCGGUUCUCCAGUCAAAGACGCCGUAGUUACAGUGCCUGCCUACUUCAACGACUCCCAGCGUCAAGCGACCAUGGAUGCGGGUAAGAUUGCUGGUUUGAACAUUGUGUCUCUUCUCAACGAGCCCUCAGCUGCCGCCAUCGCAUACGGCUUCAAUCAAAAGAAAGGCAUGAGGCAGAACGUUUUAGUAUUCGAUUUCGGCGGCGGCACUUUCGAUGUAGCCAUACUCAGUAUCACAGAAAAUGACUUUGAAGUCAUAGCUACAAGUGGAGACACCUCUCUCGGGGGCAGCGACAUCGAUGAACGUCUAGUUGUGCAUUUCAUUGAAGAAAUCAAGAAAAAACACAAUAAAGACAUUUCAGACAAGGAAAUUAAGGUAAAGAAUGAAGAGGAUAGCUCAAAAAUUUUAACAAAACUCAGGAAUGCCUGUGAACGUGCAAAGAGAAAUCUUUCCUCUUCGACACAAUCAGAAGUACUUUCAGAAAGCCUAUUUGAUGGAAUUGAUUUCCGGGCGAACCUCAGUCAAACUCGAUUGACUAAACUAUGCUCUGAUCUCUUCACAAAAACCAUAAAUAUUGUUGAAGCAGUAUUGGAAUCCUCGAAAAUGGGAGUAGAUGAUAUCGACGAAAUAGUUCUAGCUGGCGGUUCCACACGAAUUCCCAAAAUUCAAGAGCUCCUGCAAGGAAAGUUCAAUAACAAGAAGCUUAACCACAAAAUCCACCCUGAUGAAGCUGUGGCUUACGGAGCAGCCGUUUAUGCCGCCUCCAUAUCAAGUGACAAAACAAUUGAGAACAUCAAGUUCGUAGAUGUCGCUCCACUGACACUUGGGAUAAAUGUUCUUGGAAACUUGAUGAGCCCAAUUAUCCCUCGCAAUACCAAACUUCCUGCGACUGUGAUGAAGAAGUAUGUCACCACGGUCGAUUAUCAGUCAGGAGUUGAUAUCAAAGUGUACGAAGGAGAACGACUCAGUAGUGACGAGAACAACUUGCUGGGUGAGUUCUCUCUCGAAAAUAUCCAACCAGCUAAAAAAGGCAUCCCACAAAUAGAGGUAUCUUUCGUUGUCGACAUGAAUGGAAUUUUGACUGUGACGGCUGAGGACACAGCCACUGGCAGAAACGAAGAGAUCGUUAUCCGCUGCAACAAAGGCCGACUGCCGAAGCAUGAAGUCGAGCGAAUGAUCACCGAAGCAAAAGAAUUUCAGAAAGAAGACGACAAGAAAGAGAAGCUUAGAGCUGCUCGCCAUGAACUUGAGACCCUCUGUGUUGAAGUAAAGGAUUUGAUUAGCGAGCAGAGAGACGACGAUCUUGAGAAUUUGGAGUUAGACAAUUUCUGGGGCGUCUACACUGAUACUGAGGAGUGGCUGGACGAGGCCGAACAGGCAACGGAAGAAGAGUACCGUUCCCGUUAUGAUGCUCUAGUUGAAGUCAAAGAGCGGAUGGUUAGUAACUAGGUUUCUCCGAUGUUUCGAGCUUUUGCGGCGCAUGCUGGGGGAUAGCAUUCUCCAACUUCACACUUUAUAGUUUAUAUCCUUUCCGUAUGUAAGCACGCUAGAGGAUAUACAUAUAUAGCCGCCUAUGUAAUGAAGUGCUUAAACCCAUAGGGCCGUAUACUCACAGCAUCGCUUAAGCAUGCUAAGUUAAGCAUGUUCAUACUGCAUCUGGCCUCAUGGUUGAAUUACAUAAGGU